AUGAUAUACAAGAGAGACGUCGUUGGCGGUAAAGUGGACGAGCAAAUUGCAGUUUCAUUUCCAAACUGUAUUUAUCCAAGGAACUGUUCUGAUCUUAAACCUAGAUCGGCAAUAUGUGAUGAAAGGAAGGAAAAGAAGAUAGAGGAAGGAACAUGUGACAGGACACCUCCACCAAUGCCAAUGAUGCCUGGUAUGAACAUGGGAGGAGCUAACAGUAUGUCUAAGGAAGGAAUGAUCAGGAUCUCCAAAUCAAAAUUGAUGCACAACAAAGCCAUGUCCAGACUUAUGAAUGGUAGGACCAUGUCAAUGGGAUGA